CAUUAGCAUCCAUCGGUCACUCCCCAAGUUGCAAGCGAGGAUGGGGCGCGGGAAGGUGGAGAUGAAGAGGAUCGACAACAAGUUGUCGAGGCAGGCCACCUUCCACAAGCGCCGCCGCGGGCUGCUGAAGAAGGCACAGGAGCUGGCCGUGCUCUGCGACGCGCACCUCGGCGUCCUUGUCUUCUCCAGCACCGGCGAGCUCUACGACUACUGCAGCCCCCAUACCAGCUGGAGUGAGCUAAUUCAGCGCUACAAGGGCAUCACCAACGCCCAGUUGCAGGGGACAAAUCGUGAUGACGAUCAGAAACUGCUGGAGGAUAUCGCAAGGCUGAAGCGUGAGCGUGACCAUCUCGUGGCCAGCCAUCGGAUGAUGACCGGAGAAGACAUGCCAUGUUCAACCACCAAGGAGGAACUCGCCGAUCUGGAGCAGAAGCUAGAGUGCGCGCUGGGUAAAGUCCGUGAAAUGAAGGAUAAAUUUCUGAACCAGCAGUUAGAGGAAUCACGCCACAAGGUGAGCAUCUUGGAGGAGAAGAACAGCCUCAUGCGCCACGUGAUGAACCAUGACGAGCAGCCUCGUGCGGUAGUGGAGGCGGAGCUCAUGGCGCCGAUGAUGCUACCGGCGUCGGCGUUCGGGGGCUUCUUCCCGGAGGCGGAGGAGGAGGGAUUGUCCACGUCUCUGCAGCUGUGGCCGCAGCAGCUCCCCGACGUGCAGGAUCCUAGCCUGCAGUGAUGGUGAUUAACGUCGUGCGUAUGAAACAAAUUAUUUGUAAACAUCUUGGUGAUCAAUCUGCGUCCUGACUAAUGUUACGUGUUCUGUUGUUUUGCAGAUUGAGAAGGAGCGAAACCUGACAGAAUGGGCCAGAAGUUAAUAAUUAGUUAAUACAUAAUUCGCAAAAAAAUAGUUAAUGAAUGUAUAUGUAGCUAAAACUUAAUACUCUUCCGUACUCCAUUCGUUUUAAAAUAAGUGUCUCGAGGGAGUAGCUCCUCAGUAGUUUAUGGACAAGUAUCCGACGUGCACACCGCCAUGCAGUUGACUAGUAGUAGACUACAGUGUUUUGUCAACACCAUAUGUACAGAAGUCCCAUUUUGCUCCACGUGAUUCCCGUAUGCUACUGCCGUACUGGCUAGCACAGUAGCACUCCCAUGUAUCACGUUGGUCCAUACGAAUUUACGGCAAUG